UUAAAGAAAUCAAUCAUGGCUGAAAGAGGUGGUGGUAGCGGUGUUGGUGAUGGCAGAGAUGGACGUAAAUUAAAUGAUGCUAAUAGCAGUGACCAGGAACCAGUGGUAGAGACAGCUUCCGAGGCAAAGGAACCUCCACCCCCAGAUGUUGUUCACCUUUGUAGGGAGACAUUCCAGAAAACAGCAGAAUACUUGCGUGGAGAAAUGGAAGGAACAAUUGAAGAUUACAAAUUGCUGGAGAACAUGAACAAAAUUACAAUUGCCAAGUAUUCAGAAAUGAAGCAGUUAGCACAAGACAUAAGUACAUCACUUCAAGACCUGAAUGACAAAUAUAAAACCCUCCAACCUUAUUUAGAGCAAAUUGAUCAUAUUGAAGAAAAUGUUAGUAAUUUGGAGCAAGCAGCAUACAAACUUGAUGUAUACUCAAAGAGAUUAGAAGCCAAAUUCCGGGCCUUGGAGAAAAGAUGAUUGGGAACCACACAUUUAUGCGGUUAUCAUAUUUAGAACCACUCGACAGAUCAUUUGGAGGAGCGCUGUAAUGGAAUUCAAUGUAAAAUGAAUUGCUAAUAGUUUUAAUGUUUGUGGACCCAGCGAAAAAGUUCACGAUACAGUCCGAUUAAGUAUCAUGUCCUAUCAGACAUAAGGUACAAAACAAACAAAAAACACAAACUCAAAGUUGUAUCAUGAAUCCAAAAUUGGAGGUCUCUGAUUAGUGACCAAAUAAAUCCCAUACUCUACAAGCACUUGCACAUUAAGUCUCUGAAAAAUGGUGCUACAUUCGUUUUAAAAACUAACAGCCCUACUGAGAGUUGGGUGAAGUGAUAUUCUAAUGUUUUAUGAUGUAUAUCUCAAAUGUGCAUGUGUUUUGUAUGAUGGCCUGGUCCUACUCAUCAUCCAUAGUGAUUUAUAUAGUAUAAGUGUAUGAAUGGUUUACAAUAUGUGAGAAAGGUUUUCCUAAUUUAAAGAACAAAAUGGCAUCAAAUUAGACAACAUUAUUAAAAAAGGUGUCAUCCAGCUGGCAUAUGUCCAUUUCUAUGUAUGUUGGACUCAGUGAAAUGUAACCUGCUGAAUUGACAUUGAGUAGGUUACCUAGACUGGCCCAUCUCUAGAAUAGUAUAGGUAUUAAAUUAUUCAAAAAAAAGAUUAACUCUAAUAAUGAUGAUCACUUUAGCUUAUCUCCCCCUAGUUAUACACUAGGGGGAGAUAAGCUAGGAGUAAAAUGUAGUUGAGAAAUUUUUCAUAAAAACUUAGGGGCUGGUAGCCAGUCUAUAUGUUACCUAACCCUUAGCAUUGUUAGAAAAUCAACAACAGAAAUUAUGUUAUGUCAGCAGUAGAAAAUAAUUUGUGAGUUAAUUAUUUGUAAUUGAAAUAAGUGUUGCUAUGGUUCAUGGGGUGAUUAAUUUUUCUCAAGACAAUUUUAAUAUGGACAGCUUUGCUACAUUUUGAGUUAAUCAUGAAAUGCGGGAGUUGGUGAGUGAUCAGUUUGUACCUCCAAUUUUUUGUCAGCGCUCCUUACUUUUGGUUUUCAAUUUCACAUGGCUUAUUAACCUUGUCUCAUUUUUCGAUCUAGUAUCGCUAGAUCAAAACGACUUUUUGGGAGCCUUUAGAUAUCUUUCAGAGUUAGAAUGGAAAAAAACUCUGACAUGUGGUCUUACUUUAUUUAUUGGCAUCAUUGAAAAAGCCAUUCACAGCAAAACAAUUCCUUAUAGAGACACUCGAAAAUGCCCCAACUGGUUUCAAAAAACCCAUUACCAAAAGUACCUGAACAGAAAGCCAUUUGACUUGUAUGACUAAACUUGGACAAAAGCAUUGGUUUUGGAAAACUUGAAAGCUGCUAUUAAUCACCCUCUUAACCAUAGCAAUAUCCAAUCCUUUAAUGGGCCAUUUUUGCUUCACAUUCCAAUACAUGUAUAACAUUCGACACAAGAAAUCAGAAUUCUUGUAAAAUAUUAUUUGUUUUGUUGUUUUCAUUUAAAAUAUUGCAGGAAAAUAGAUGUGGUUAUUGUCUUAAAAUAAAAUUAAUUGGGCCAAGAUUGAAAGACAUCCUUUUUUGGUGUUUACUUAUCAUAAAACUUUUGAAAAACCAUACCUACUUUCUCGACAUAUUUACAAUGUGUAAUACAUGUACUGUACUUCAGAAAGAAUGAGUGUGUUAUGUUAAAAGUAUCCAUACAUUAUAACAAUUGUAUACGGUUGACUUUGUUCAUGUUCUUUCAUGGUAUGUACUUUCAUAUUCAUAAAGAUGUAUUUUACUUUUUCAUAGUUUUCAUAAAUAGAAAUUUCCUGCUAUUUUCUCCUGCAAAUUUUCCAUCUAGAUCCUGUAUGAAUAUCGUAUUUCAUUGUUUGAUCCUAGAAUUUGCCUGUCUUUAAACUGUUCGGGGAUAGAAAAAGUAGAAGCUUGUCAUUCAUCUGUCUCAAAUCCUGCAGUUCUUUUUAAUUUUUUAUUAAGGUUUGUUAAUCUGAUAUUUUUUUUAGAUAGGUAAUAGUUUAUCGAUGACAUCAUUGCAUUAUCUGAGCUGUAUUAUGAAAACAAGCCAAAUACGGUCAUAGAUAUAUAAUUGUUUAAAAACCAAGAAAAGUGCAAUAUAAAAUGUAAUUUGAUUGUUAUAUGAUAAAUGUGCUUUGUAAUUUAUUGAUUAAAAGGUAUCAAAAUUA